CAAUUGUUUAUCAUCUGUUUGCAUCUCCGUCUGCUACAGUGGUGUCUGUGGUUUCCGCUGGCCUGUGCUUGCACUGGUGCGGGUUCUUUACGCGAAGCAAUGAAUACGGGCUCACAUUGUAGCUAACUUUUCUCCGCUGCUUGUUCUUUGCACGGCUUCCUGCCUUGGUAGGCUGUUUCGACGAUGGCUUGCAGCGUCGCAAAAACAAGAUACGUAAGACCGCUCUUGAUGCCCCGCUUUACGGCAGCGCUAUUUGCAGAACGCCGAUUACAUCACAACGGUCUUGUAGCGUUGCCAAAGUCACCUCUCUUGUUGACAAGCACCGAUCGUAAUGAGAAGGCCUUGACUCGCCGGAUAACAAACCUAACCCAUGGUGAUCGCUACAGAAAAGGCGGCAUCGGUACACCGAACUACGACGUUAUCACGGAACCAGGCAACGUCAGUCCCAUGCAAUAUGUUCCUGACAGCAUCGCCAAGCCGAGCUACGCCGACAGCGGCAUAGUUGUAGGAGUGCCCAAAGAACUGGAAAUCAAGACCGAAGAACAGGUUGCCCGUAUGCGAGAAUCGUGUCGUCUUGCUAAGAUGGUCCUCAGCCGGGUAUCCAAGCAAGUCAAGGCUGGGGUCACCACAGAUGAGCUGGACAGGUACGCCCACAAGCUGUGCAUCGAGAACAAUGCCUAUCCAUCGCCGCUCAACUACCGUUGGUUCCCGAAGUCUGUGUGUACCUCAGUGAACAAUGUAGCCUGCCACGGAAUCCCAGAUGACAGGCCAUUGCGUGAUGGGGACAUUAUCAGUAUUGAUGUCAGUGUGUUCUAUAAUGGCUACCAUGGAGACUGUGCCGAGACCUUAAUGGUUGGCCACUCUUUGGACGAGAGGGGCAAGGCAUUGGUGCAGACGGCUCGUGAGUGCCUGGAUAGGGCCAUCAGCAUCUGUGGUCCUGGCCAGAAGUUCAGUGAAAUUGGCAGAGUGAUCAGCAUUGUGGCAGCCCAGGCGGGCUUCACAGUCGUGCCUGCAUUCUGCGGCCAUGGCAUCGGUACCUAUUUUCACGGACCGCCUGACAUCUACCACUUUGACAAUGAUGAAAAAGGAGAAAUGCUCGAAGGGCUCGUGUUCACGAUUGAGCCUGUGAUCACAGAAGGAAGCCCCGACAUUGCCAUCAUGGAAGAUGGCUGGACAACCGUCACUGUUGACAACAGUCGUACUGCACAGUUUGAGCACACUGUAUAUAUCUGUAAUGAGGGUGUCGAAGUUUUGACUGUUCUCUGAGAGGUUCAGAAAUAGCAUGUGGUUGUGCAGGAUGUUUUGAGACAUAGCUCUCUGAGCUCAGCCCUGUGGCUGUGAACAAAGCAAGCCAACAUCUAGGUACGUCCUGUAAGAAGUUGCAUGCCACAAAUUUGGGUUCGGGUUGUCAGUGAUAAUCCACCAAAGGCACCUUGAAGAAGUGCUUGCAGCUUGGUGGUUCUUAAAAACAUCCUUUAGUUCUUGCUGAAGUUGAACUCUCGAGACCCAUAACCUUUAACGUCUAGUUUUGAUUUGUGUUCGUAUGGUUCUGGUAGAAAAUACUGAUACUUGUGAUUUCAGAUAACUAGAUUGUGUGCUGGGCACUUUGAACAUUUUUACUGGUUUCAAUUCGGUCACUGGCUGCUGGCAAUUAGUGCUAUGGCAGCGAUUCAAGAAUGUAUCUCAGAUCAGUUAUAGCUGAGAAAUUUCGAUAUGACUUAGGAACGCAGGUGGGCCAUGACCUCACGUUUGAGACCGUCUCCGAGCUUCAGUGCUGUGGGACUUAUACAACCUGAUUGAGCCCCCGAGCAUAGGCUUCUAAAGCAUUGGAGCCUGGCCCUAUGAAAAGACAGCCGGUUCAGCAGCAAAGAACCAGCAGCUAGUUAACUCAGUCUGAAGCACCAACUUGACUGUGCUCAAUUGAUCUCGUUUACGUUCGGUAUUGCCAGGUGGAUGCAGGGCUGUCCAUUGUAGAUAUUUAUUGCGCCUUGGAACUUUGUCAUAAAUGUUAGAUGCAGCGAAACCACAAGUGGUAGUCGAACAGCCCCAAUGUUGCCAGCUUGUUACUUAGAGAAAAACAAUAGUAACUGCACUGUUAGUGGGCACUGUACACAAAGUGGACAUUGCUGCUGUCAGUAAUUGCAACCAGUUUCUCUGUGGGUAAGCACGUUAUUGAAGUAUAGUCAAGACUUCUACAACCACUUGUAUGUUAGGUAGGAAGGCAAAUGAUUUUGGUCACUGACCAAGUAAAAAGAUUGUUUGAUGAUUUGGAACCCAUGCACUUUUCUGGUGAACAGGAAACCUGUAUGAGUCAUCUUUUACCCUCACUCCAGCUUCAACUAACUACAGGCUUGGUCAGUGAUUUUAAUGGUUUGUUUUUCUGACUGCAUUACACCUUUUUAUGUUUUGUGCACCUUUAAAGGGACACUAAAGGCAAAUACUAAGUUGACGUAGACUGUUUAAAUACCAUUCCAGAAACCUCGCAACGCUUGUUUAGCGCCAAGAAAAGACUUAGUUUAUGAGAAAAUUGCAUCUGAAAGGUCCAAAUGCCUUUUUCAAGAUUCAUAUCUCCCGCCACCCAACCAGGGGAUUGGUGACGUUGCAUAUGCCAUCACCACCCUUUGCUGCUGUCAGUGAGUAAAACCCCACCCAAGAGACGACACUACCGAGCCAAGAAAGAGUGGUGGAUUUGCCGCUGCAGCUGCUUUUUGGUAAAGUAGCGUAGACCGUUCGGGCAUCCUGCGACAUCACGUGGAAAUUGAAUUCUCUGCUACUUGCAGUUUGUGCGAGUUUUGCGAGCCAGCAAAACCAGCGCAGCACUACGCGAUAACGAAACUAGUGAAACGUGAAAAUGAAACCUUUCGACUGCCUGCGUCGUUGUCAAGGGUAAUUUCAAUGAGUUCUUUUUUCUCAAGAAUGAAAUAGAACUGAAUAAGUAGCAUUUUAUUUCGUCUUACAAUACAAUACAAGGAUGUUUUUUGCAACAAAUGGCUGAGUAUUAGUGACCGAAUUUAACUGAGGAGUGCUUUUGUCAUCGCGCAAGUGCUUGAAUGUCCCGGGGGAGUCUCUAACCAUGUCCUGCAUUUACCUGAAUUUCUCUAUUAUUAAGGCUCUGUUUGCGAUAAUAUUGACGCCUUGGAGAUUCUCGAGCACUAAUCUGCCACUUUAGCUUGACUUAAUAUUUGCCUUUAGUGUCCCUUUGAUGAUCACUUCUGGCAGAAGGAACAACUUCCGCAAACAGUUUUGGGAAUUUCUGAUCUUAGUGUAUGUUUUGCAUCUGUUUGCCACUAUAAUAAUGGAAAAAGUUCAAUAACAUUACUGUGGAACACUUCAAUCAUGCUUUUGAUCAAUACAUGUAGAUGCAAAAUGAAGUAACCUGUAAUCCAUAUUAACUGGCAGCUUGCUUCCAAUUGACAGUAUGGUUAGCUUUGGAUAACUUCUUACUUCCUCACACCAGAAAAUGUCAGUGCACUACAAAAUUUCAAAUGGUGGAACUUCUUAACAAGAUCAUCACAGAUUUACUACAUGAGCCUUGUUAAUGAUUAUUUUCACAGGGCAACUAAGCAAUAUCCUCUCUAUGCACAUUUCCUUUUUCAACCACAAUAGUCACGAGUUACUACAUUUAAGUCAUAUGUACAGUUACACGGUAUUGCUGUUAGGACAAAACUGUGCACAUUAUUGACAGCAAAAUUCCAAAGUAGAUCAUAGUCCUACUACUAAUUGUGGUCCUUGUAAACAUGAAACACAGAAACAUUGUAUUUGAUAAUUUCUCAUGAACAAGAGAAACGUAAUGGGUACUUGUUGUGAGACAGUCACACAUCAUUUGUUUAUCAUAGACUCUGAGAAUUACCAGUAAUAUUGCAUCAGCAUCAACUGGUAAGCAAUAGUGCUUUUAGUUUAAACUAGGAGUGUUCGGACUAUUAUUGUCGUUUAGACAUUCUUUUUUCUUCUUUAACUUAUUUGCAUUUGGAACUUUUCCUUUUGACAUGGGAAACUGAUAAAUUGACCUACUUUGCUUAAGUGAGUGAUGUGAUACCCACCCAAUCACAUUUUCCUUUCUUUUUUCUUUCAGUACACACUGCAUUUAGAUUUGAGUGUGCUUCUUUGUGCUUCGCUAUCACUUUUUACACUCAAAUAUGAUCGUCCUUAACCCUCAGGUACCAUCUGUUUGUUCUUAAGGACAAGAGUAUAUUUGUUUGAAAAAAAAAAAAAUGAUAUCACUGUCAUGUCUUUCUCUGCGCUGUUGCCUACUUGAACUCCUCGCCUACCCACCUACUUAAAAAUUGCCCAUGAGCCCCAUGAUCUCCGUUACAACAAUUUCAUAUUGCUGUGCAUGCAUUGCGUUACUUUUCAUCAGUAUUUUUGCUUUCACCAAAGCGUCGCUGUUACUAGUUAUCGCUCUCACAAAUGAUGUGCUUGCUGUACCAGAACCAUUGUGAAUGUUUCUGAAUGUUCACAUCAGUAGUGAACUGGGCCCGAUAUAUUCGGAUUGUGUGCAUGUUGUGUGUAUAUCCUUAUACUGAGUGAGCAACAUCGACAUCUCUAGAAUGUACAGUAAUACAUCCGCAGUGACCUGCAUUUUUGCCUUAGAAAGCUUUAAAAAAAAUGAUUUUGCAUUUACCACUGUUUUGAUUUUGCUUAGAUUUCACAACAGCAAUAUCACCUUUCAUAGUCUGGGUCAUUCAGUGCAAUACUUGACGCUUGUAGUUGCCUGGUUUCUCAAGAAAAAUAAUGUCAAGUCACCUUUGUCUUAACCAUUUGUCUGGACCACCCGUGAUAAGUGACGUCAACCAAAACACAAAAACUGUGCCAUUGCCUGAUUGCUUCUGGCCUCUGCACUUUGACAAAGCAUAAUGUUCAAGGUCUGUUUCCAUUACUCGGUGGGGGAAUGCAGUAUGCGAAGAGCGAAGAUGAAGGCAACUUCACAUUUUUGUCUUGAAAGAAAUAGCAGCAAGUGUUAUAUUGGGUGACGUGGACUAUAAAGUGUGAUUUUAUUGCGUACUUAAGCAGCUACAAAGCAAAAGUAAGUGCGAAGUCUCUUUUUUUUAUGUUUUAAAGGAAAGAAUGCAGGUGACUGUGUAAUUAACAGGGAGACACGAACAGUGUGAUUUGACUGCACGAUGAUUGACCGUGCCCACCUUAGGUAUUACGACCUCUGUUACUUUCAUUUCUGGGGUCAAUUUUGGCUAGCAUGUGUGCCUGUGCACUGUCACUGUCUCAUAACGAUGUUAUCAUAUGGAGGCAUGGAUUUUCAUACAGGACCCAUAUGACUAUGUGAUUAUUGAAUAUGGAGGUUACAAAGCUCAGGUUCCUUUCUUUAAAGGGGUCCUGAUCAAAACCUUGAUGCUGCUUUGUCCUCAAAAUAAGACACUCAACUUGAGCUGUUUCAGGUGUCUGUUAACAUUUUUAUGUGCUUAACUGUUUUGUUAGCACACCUAUUCAAAUCGAAUAACCAGUGAGUGACUAUUUCCAUUGUGGAUUUUAGUAUGUCAGUACCGUUUUUUGGAUAUAUAGCACUAUCCAGUAAGUAGCCCAGGAAAGAGGCUUUCAGGAUCAGUUAGGAUUUUGUUUCCACAACAGAAAUGUGAUUUUCAAUACAAUAUUUUGGCAACCUGAGGUGUGUAUGUUGUCAUAAAGAUUUGCUUUUCACUGUUUCCAAAAGAAAAUGCGUGCAGCUCGUUAUUACAGCGCAUCAACAUCAAAUCUUUGUGAUCAGAGUAUCAGCAGUAAGUCCAAGGACAACAUUAAAUCAUUAUAUUUACUAUCUCACAAUACUAAAGUCUCAUAAUUAAAACAAAAUAUUAGCAGCUGCCAGCCGGUAAGUUAACAUUUCAACUCUGACCGGUUUCAUUUCUUUGAAGUGCACUUCAAAAGGUCAGCCGCAUGUCUAUCAUGCAGAACUUGAUAUUUUCAUGAUGUUUAGAACAGUGGAAUGAAAGUUUCAGAAAAGCGCC